AUUUGUUUUGUUGCAUUUAGUUCGUCAACGCCUAUGUGGUUAGUCCAAAUGAUAAGUUACUGUUUGUUUCAAAAUGUGAAUCAUAUUAAUUAUGGAAGUAGUUUAUUACGUCUUCCCUGUUUGACCACAACGCUUGUGCCAAUGUGUAAAUAUGGCUGACACAGUGAAUUGUUGCAAGACACCAGAUAUAAAACUUCAGUUGGCCGAAAUCAAAAAUAAUUUCCGAAAGAAUUGGAAUAAAUCUAAACGUCUGGGUGAAAGGAUUUUUAAUGUAGAUAGCUUACUAAGAGGCGCCGGCGUCAACGUUCAAGAUGAUAAUGGUUAUACGCCGUUACAUCACGCAUGUCUAUACGGUCACAAAGAGAUAGUUGGUCUCCUACUGUCCGUGGACGCAAACCCAUGCAUAGUGGACAAGAAGGGAGCCACGCCGCUCCACCUGGCGGCGUUCAAAGGCGACUCGGAAUCGGUUAGGAUCCUCCUUGCCCACAACAACCCCCCAGUCAACAUAGACCAGCAAACAUUAGACCACGAGACGGCCGUGCUCAUAGCGGCCCACUUCGGAUACGUGGAAAUAGUACAGCAACUGAUAGAGAAAGGAGCAGAUGUGACGAUAAAGAACAUAAGCGACGAAAGCGCGUUGGACCUCGCCGCGCAGUAUGGAAGGUUAAAAACAGUGGAGUACUUACUGAAAGUGAGGCCCCAGCUCAUCGACAUGUACAAGCCGCCGACCUGCAGGGUGUUCCCCACCACGCCACUGAACAGAGCCAGCAAGCAUGGCCGCAAAGAGGUCGUAGCCGUCCUCAUAGCGGCUGGGGUAGACCCAAACAUACGCACGUACGAAGGCACGCCGCUGCACGAGGCGGCCAGGUUCGGCCGUGCGUCCGUCGUUCGCGUGCUGCUGAAGAACGGCGCCGACCCCAACCUGAAAGACAGGAGGGGGAAGACUGUCUACGAUGUUCUGAAUGAGUACCCCGAGGAGGCGACUAUGAAGGUCUGGGAGAUUUUGCGAAAGUACGAGAGUACAAUAGGCUCGUACAGUGAUGAGGACGUGCCCCCGUUUCCCGUGGUCGACUGCAGUCCCACCCCCACGAAAGGCCCUGAGACCCAGAAAAGAACUAACAUUAAUGAAAGCUUAUUAUCACCAUCUUCAUCUUCUGUAACAAAAAGUUUUGUCAAAAAGCUUGCUUCAAAAUGCUUGGGCCUUAAAGCGAAGUUCAAUUCAGCCCCUAACAUUUCUAACAACGCAGGCUUAGAACCGGAAGUCGAUGUUAAAUCAAAACGACAUGAAAAUAAAAGUAGUAUGAAUACAUUGCUCAUAGGAAACAGUAAAUUUUUUAAAAUUCUGUCGAAAAAGGAGGAGUCAGGAGAAAUUGUUUGUAAUUAUGAAUUUGAUACUAUAUCGCUAGACAGGGCAGGCACACUCAACAGAGACGCGGUUGUGAAUAGGAGCAACAGGAGUUGUCCUGGUUUUAAAACAUCAUUACCCAAUAUUUCCGAAAAUAAUGAACUUAGUGAUUCUCAAGAGUUAGUACCUCAGUCUACUAUUAUUAAAGAUGUAGACAGUGAUAAUAAUUAUAAGAAGAAAACUGGUAUUGCGGAGGCUGUAAACAUGAACCCAAAAAUUGAUAUGAUAUUUGAACCUAGAGAUAGAAUAUCAAUUAUAUCUAGGGAAUCCGCAAACUUUGUUAAUGAUUGCUACGAAUCUUUCGAAUUUUUCCAACGUGAUAGCCAAAAAGUUGAUAAACUCGGUUCACAUCCGAGACCAGCCCCACGACCCAACGUGGUUGUGCCUAAUCCGAAGCCAGAUAGUUCUAUUUAUGAGAACAUUACGUUAAUACCUAAAACCAUCCCUACUCCUGCAGUUAGAACUCAUGUUCCUCCUAAAUUAGCUGCGGACGACUCUGAUAAAAAAGGACUAUAUGAGAACAUCAAUCUCAUACACGAGAAAAAACCCGAGCCGCCCAAACGAAAUAUUUUACCAAUAUAUUCCAACACAAAGUUGAAUGAUUACUCCACCAAUACAAGUAGAUCAUCCACAUUGUCCUCUGAUUCUAUGGUGGAUGAAUCCAAUUUGGAAGAUAUUUUACUGUCUCAAAAAUCAAAAUCGUUUCGCCACGGUAAAGUUCCAUCUUAUUAUUCAGAAUCUGGCAAAACAGAUGUUUAUAGAACGCGAUCCAAUUCUUCGAAUUCCUCCGAAGGCACUGAAGCCAGUGCGAUAGAAAACGUUGAUUGCAGCGAAGAAUUACAAGAUAAAAGUAUAUACCUGUCGAUGACAGGCACUUUGCCUCCCAAGAAAGCGGAGAAGGUUACUAAAAAGAAAGUAUUAUUUAGGCAUAAAACUUUUACUAAUAUCGAAGUGGAUAGAAAUUCAACGAAAGUUAGGGAUUUGCCACAGUGGAAUAAUGAAUUUCUUAAAGAAACGCUAGCACAUUAUCACAUAAGGGGCACGGGACAUUGUAUAUACAAAGCGCCCACAGUGAAAGAGUUCCUUAACUUUUUCAAUAGGGACACGAUUAGUAGUAAUGUCUUCUCAUCAUUAACGGGUUCCAACCGCAAAAGAGAUAGUUAUUAUGAAACUGCCAUAUGUUUCUGUAAGCCUAGACCGUUAAAGAAUUACAGUAGUGCUGAAAAUCUAUUAGACAUUAUAUCUCAUACAGACGAGGAAGAAAAAGUUCUUAUAGAUUUUGACGCUUUGAAUAAUCAGCGUGAGUUGAUUUCAGCAUCGUUCCGUUGCUUCUGCGAAACCGGAUCAUGUACCCUUAAUUCAAAGCGAUUAGAAACUCCAUUAGAUUUUGUAGUUAAGUUUUCAGCUAUAAAGAAAAGUAUUUCGACACCCGACAUUACUUUGGACAGUUCUCCUUCUUCGACAGUACAGAAAGGUAAUUUCCCGAAAAAUAAUUCUGUCCCACACAAUCUAGAAGAACCGUAUGCUAUAGUUAAUGUCGAAGAAAUAAUUGCCAGAAAACAAUGUAGUAAAGACGAACAAGCCAGUAAUCCUAACAGUUUAAGUUACACGAGUACUUCAUCAUCAAAUUCAGCACGUCCUUAUUCCAUAAAAGAUAUAGCGGAAGUAAUAUCGCUUAAUUCGACAUCGACUACCGCUAGUCUGCCCUCUGCUUCUAACAAUUCGCAUUUGCCUCUACGUAAAUCGAGCUCCUCGGAAUACUCUGGCAAAUGGUCCCUACAUUCAUGCAACUCGAAUGUCACCAUUAAAUCGGACAGCUCAUUUAAAUCGUGCAUUGAAGAAUCUUCAGAGGAAGAUUCAGACGGCACGCUGCAUUCUGAUGCAGGAUCCUCAGACGCUGAGACAAUAAAAUCUGACGCUAGUACUGCAAAGAGGCCGUGGGUUCAUAGCGAUUCUUUCAGGUUUGGAGGUAAUUCCAAAUCUGAAAUAAAGUAUGUGUACCUCAAAGAGGAGACGUUGGAGGAAUCUAAUUUAGAAUCGGUUUCGAAAGUAGAGAGCGGUAUUAGUGUGGGAGGGUCUGAGAGUUCGUCAUCGGGUGCGGACGAUGACAGUGGUGUUCCGAGGGCUUACGCGGAUGUGUCGCUUGAUACUGCUUCGCUUGAGCGGGGAUCGGUGGCGGGGGGUGUUCGCAGCGGGUCGGGGCGCCGGCGGUGGGACGAGACGGAGGGCACCAGCGAGGGCGAUGCGCUGAGCGUGUCCAGCGCUGCAUCUAGCUGCGCCCCGCUGCAUCUUCACAACCAGGAAUACAGUAAGGUUUCGCCUACCCCCCCAAAGAAGCCGCCGCGUCGGAACCUGUCAGUGUCCCCUACCCACGCUAACUCCCCCUCCUACGGGUACAGCUAUGAGCUAAGGCCGCAUGCGAGAAGUCAGGACGAUUUGGACGAUAUACAGGGUGCUAAACAUUACCUCAAACUUGGCCGAUCGGUGGACCAUUACGUCGAAAGCAAACUGUCGUACUCAGAGUACGAGGAGAACCACAACUCACCGAGGGUCAUACCUAUCCCGAACCCAAGACCCAGCCUUAAGCAGAGGUCUCAGCCCGUCGCGAUCACGGCUAUGUACGAGAAUGUCGUCAUAAAAGAACAAAACCCGAGACGGAAGUUGAGAAGGAACAACUUUCUGCCCGGACACGAGAUCGAGACCAGAAUGAACGAUAACAGAGCGAGAAAGUACUCCAAUCAGGAGAGGUCUUCUCUGGAGAGUUUGCUCGACGAUCAAUCUAUGAACAGUCCGAGCGAGUGCGAUCGGUUCAGCGACGGGCACAGGGGGAUUCCCCUGUCGCCGACGCAUUACGAACAGCCCCCCACCCCGGACCAUCCGCCGCCGUCGGCGAGGCAGGCCGAGAACAGCAUUCACGAGAAAAUAAGGCCUUUGAGUCAGGAAUACAAACGGCGCUCGGUGCUGCGUGACAGUCAAACUGAGACGGAGGUGAGUUUGCUGCGCGCGGCAUCAGCAGCAUCAGUGGCGAGCGGCGCGACCGACCGCAGCGGCAACACCGACAACUGCGUCGAGGAGUACGUCUGCGACGUGCCUUUUGCUGGCCUCUUCAAAGGCUCCACAACAACAUUAGACGGGAUCGGUUUACGGCCGAUGCCAGCCGAACGGCCGAAGACGUUGCGAAAACUAAAAUCUGUGUACGACGCGUCCCCAACAGAACCGCCGACGAUCAACACUGCCAACUUGAGCAGCAAUGGACAGCAUGACAGGAAUAUCAACGGGGUUGAGGAUGAGGUCCGGAGACGCAGCAACACCACCAGUUCCAACCAUAGUGGAGAGAAGUCGCUGUCAAUUCUCAGUCCUUUUGAUGAGCAGGAGGAAUGGGCAAAGAUCUCCGAGAUAAUGGCGUCAUUCGGCAGCAAGUUGGUCCGGGAGUCGGUGUUUGUCUCCGAGUUGGAGCAGGAGUUCACCUCCCGCCUCGGUCUGAGCUGCUCCGAGUCCAGCCUCAGUCCAUCCGUCGCCUCCAACCUGGGUCUCUGGCUCUCUAGCAUUGGAAUGCACGAUUACGAAACUCUGUUUUUGGACAGUGGUUAUGAUGAUAUCGAUUUUAUUAACGGUAUACUAGACGAAAACGACCUACGAGAAAUCGGCAUAGAAGAAAACGAUAGGCAUAAAAUAUUAGAAUCGGCGAAACAGUUACCUCUUAAAAUAGCGGAAAUAAGCAAUAAUCAUAACAAUAAUAAUAUAAGUAAGAACCAAAAUGAAUCUGUGGAGGAAUGGUUAAGGCAUAUUAACUUAGAACAAUAUAGUGAUACGUUUAGGAAGCAUUUGUAUGUGGACAUGGAUAGAGUGAGGAGGAUUUGGGAAGUGGAGUUGACAGCUGUACUUGAGAUACAGAAGGCUGGACAUCGGAAGAGGAUCUUGGCUUCAGUGUCUGGUGAACAGAACGGACCUGCGAACCACAUGGAGGAUAUUAAUGCUGAUCUCAAUACUUUGAAAAACAAUAUCCAACAACUGAAAGAAGAAAUAAAAGAAAAGUUACCUCCUUCUGAAAACCUAAAACCUGUACCGCCUCCAGUGGUGCCUACUCUAGUGCCCCCUGGUGGGGAAACGUUGAAACGCAGUAAGAAGAACAGACCGGCUCCUCAGCCUCCAAGACCUUCGGAUCUGGAGAUCAGAGCGCCUUCGGAGCUGUUAGUUGGGGUACCAGGGGCAUUGAAGACACAGUGGAAACAUCAACCUUUUGUGUUGGUGACCGGCGCCGUGACUUAUGUAGCCAAUUAUUUAGGAUCGACGGUCGUAAAAGAACUAAGAGGGACAGAAUCAACGAAAAAGUCUAUACAAAAAUUAAAGAAAUCUACCAAAGAACCAAGGGACUCCCCGGACAUUAUACUAUCAAUUAGUUACAGAGGUGUCAAGUUCCUUAAUACUAUAACGCGAGAGCUGGUUUGCGAACACGAGAUCCGGAACAUCCACUGCGCGUGUCAGGACGCCGAUGACUUGACCCACUUCGCGUACAUCACCAAAGACCACGCCACCAGGAGCCACUACUGCCACGUCUUCAGAGUCGCUACCAUGGAUCAAGCGACCGAAGUUAUUCUAACUUUAGGCGAAGCGUUCGAAGUGGCCUACCAAAUGGCGCUAAGAGAACAAUCCAACAGAACAAGAGUGACCCAGUCUCUCGCCAAAACCCCAACCCACGACCCCAUGACAACAAGCAAUAAGGAGAAACCAAACGUGAACCACGGAAGGUCACAUUCGAUAACAGAGAUCAAGUUAAAUGGUCACCAGUUAAAGGUAGCUCCCUUACCCGCUUCGCUCUCUAACGAAGAUUUUCAAGCUACCAGAAACUCUGAUGGAUCGAAGAGUCCAAGAACACCACUUCUGAAAGCGCCUAUAGCUUCCACAGAAGAAUUGUAAAGGUAAUGUUAACUAUAUGGUCAUAAAACAUUGUCGAAUAUAAUGCAGUUUCUUAAAAUUGUAUUCAAAUUGUUAAGAAAGGUAGUCUUCCCCAACGAGACUUCCAAUAGAAGAACUAAAUUUUUUUUGGAAAUUAUAACGUUUCAUUGGUAUUACUCGAAUUUUUAAUGAUAUUCGUAUGUGUAAUCAAUAUUAUAGAUUUGGAUGUUAACGUUUAAGAGCCGAACGGAAUAUCGAUUCGUGUUAAAAUUUCGACACUGCUUUUUUGAACCAUUACCUAUUUUAUAUUAUAUGAUAUUAGAUAAAUGGUUUUACUAUUGAAUAGUAAAAUGUUAGGGGCUGUUAUAUUUAUAAUGUUAGUUUUUACUGUAUAUUAUGUUUAAAUUGGAAAUGUACGUGUGGUAUACAAUGUUUGCAAAUGCAGCUAAUGCGUGUCGAAUUUUACAGUUUUUAUCGCAGUAAAUAUGUUAUAAAUCACGUGUUUAGAUGUUAAUUACACAUAUCUGUACCAUAAUUAAAAUUAAAUAAAGUUAGCAUAGUCAUUUUAUUGUACAUCGACGUUUUUAUAUUGUCUGGAAUUUUAAUUUGAACCAUUCCAUUCCUGUCAAUGUUUGCAAAAAUAAAACAAUAGAAUAUACGAAAAGAAUAACUUCCAGUAUUUUAAUAAUAUGCAAUAUUUAAGACUGUUUUAUUUAUAAGUGCAUUUAAAUGAUAAGUUUUAAGGCGUGGAAGUUUUCAUAAAAAGCAAUUUUGUAGCAGUUUUGUAUAACUAUGGUACAGACGUGUGCAACUUUAGUAUUUGUAUAUCAUAAUUGGUAAAAAUAUGGUUUGAUUAGGCCUAAAAUAUAAUCUCGUACCUAGUUUAGUAAUACGUUACCAAAUUUUUUUCGGUGUCGUAUUUGUAUAUAGUUGUAUGUAAGAUCAUCGACGGUUGUUGGCAUCUUAUGACGACAUGUGUUUUCGCCUAAUAUGACAUAUAGUACAUAAAACAUAUCAAACAAACAUUAUAUCCAUAUUAUCUCGACUCUUGAUUGUAUUGAAAGGGGUCCAGUGAAAAUGGUCGAUGUUAACCAUUUUAGCUAGAACGUAUCACAUUGUCGCAUUGUAGACGGGUCUAGUUAAAGUGGUUAUGCAAAGUUGAGCUUCCGAUGUUAAUUUUGCACGUAGGUUUGUCGGUUAAUACAAUAUUUGUGUCUCAAAUGACAAAAAAAAUGUUUUUGGAUGAAUUGUUCAUAGUUUUCUCUUAAUUACGGCAACUGUUUGCUCAAAUGUUUUUAAUUAUUGACAAUCAUUUGUGUCCGUUUACAUUUAUAUUUAGAAUCAAAAGGUAAUCAAAUUCUGUUAAUACACUAUUGAGAGAAACGGAUUUCGCGUUAUUUAAUAACUUAUCAACCGUCAGUUACUAUCUUAAAUAAAUAUUGAACAUCGAUAAAUGUUUUAAUUAAGUGACUAUAAGUUGUUAAAGUAUGAUUUAAAAUAAAUAGGAAAGCGAUGUACUAUCAAGAAUACAGUGGGCCUCAUUAUAAGUAAUUAAUUUCAUAUAGACGAAGUAUCUACAUUAAAUUUAUAUUUAAUGAUGCGACACUGUAUUCAUUCAAUUUACAUUUUCAUUUGUUUAUUUGUUCAUUUGUUCCACACCUAUUAUUUGUGAUAAUACACCUAAUUUGAAAGUAAACGUGUUUAAAUUUA